GUUCGUUUCCCAGCGGGAACCUUGGGUGUUGUGUGCGUGAAAAAAUUGUUAUCGAUCAAUUUUCCUUGGCGGAUACUGGAAAAUGGGUGAAUAUCCUAAUUUGUGAUGAACCCAAUUAAGCGCAUAAUUAAAAAAAAAACCUUGGUAUCAUAGUAGUCUUGCUCAACAGCUAUCUGUGAAACGCAUCAUUGAAUUGAAUAUACCGUGGUUUUUGGUCGCUGGGGAGGUUAGGUCGUUCGGAUUAUUGUUUUGAUGUGGAAAACAUUCUAAACCAUGACGAAAAAACGAAAGCUAUCAAGCUCGUCGCCUGUAAAAAUUGAAAUAAAAGAGGAGAACGUUGGCGCCAACGAUUACUUAAUGGCCAAGGGCAGAUUGCAAGGGGUGCUGAAACAGCUCCGCGAUCAAACAUCUUCCGACGACAGCGACUCCUCCGAAGAUGCCAAGGCUAAACCCAAGACCGAAACCAAAAAGAAAAAAGUGGAACCAGUUCCUGUUCCUUACCACCACACCUACGUCAUGAAGUUAUAUGACCGCAGCGUCGACUUGGCGAGGUUCGAGGAGGAUACCCCGCUGUACCCAUUGUGCCGGGCGUGGAUGGAGAACCAACCCAAGAACCCGCAACCAAUUAUUAAGCGUCGCGUGUCGUCACCGGAACCCGACGGCGCCGCCACGUGGAACGGUGACGCCGUCGACGUGUCACGUCUUCCCCCGCCAUCUCGGCCUUUUCAGGCGCGAAUCCCAUCGCCCUUGCCUGAACAAGAACAGAUCAAGGAACGUGUCGAUCUCAAUUAUGACGAGAGCCCGCCCAUCGACAAAGACGUUCUUAUGAAGGGCCACCUGCAGCGCUGGGUCAAGGUCAAACGGAAAUGGUUCGAGGCCGCGCAGGAAAAUGACGAACGUUAUGCACAUAGUUUUUCUGUGUUGCAGUCCAUUUACAACAAGGCCCAGGAAAAUCUCGAUUAAUUGUGGUAUAGCGCAAUGAUUUUUUUCAAUAAAACCACAACUGGCACAUUUAAA